AUGGACGUUUCUUCCCUCUUUUGUGGUAAUGAAGUUGCGGCAAUUGAUGUGGAGACAAUAGGUGAUGCCUACAUGGUUGCUUCUGGUCUACCUCAACGCAACGAGAAUAAACACGCCAGAGAGAUUGCUCGAAUGGCCAUCGAGUUUCUCAAAUCAAUGUCCACCUUUAAGAUCCCUCAUCGACCUGACAGGGAAUUGAAAUUGCGGAUAGGCAUACAUUCGGGCCCUGUUUGUGCCGGUGUUGUGGGUGUAAAGAUGCCUCGAUACUGUCUCUUUGGAGAUACUGUUAAUACGUCCUCACGAAUGGAAAGUAAUGGUGAACCAAAGCGAAUCCACAUAAGUCGCACCACCAUGUCAAUACUUCGUACAUUUGGCAAUUUCAUAAUGUCCAAACGUGGACUCGUCGAGAUGAAGGGCAAAGGCAAGAUGGAAACCUAUUGGUUACAUGGAGAAUACGGAAAUAUAGUAUAUCCGCCGGCACCGGGUGCAGUGCUAGUGGACAAUGAUCCAAUUCUAGUCAAUGAAGCUCCUCCUCCAUCCCAACCUCAGCCCGCCCCACCACCACCUUCUUGCUGCAGCGGGGGUUCUUCCUGUGGUGAUCCCACUCACGUUGCUAUUGCGGUGACGACAAACGCUGUGACCGAUGAAGGUCAGCAACCUCUAAUUACUGCAGCUGCCACCAAUGUAGCACAAAACAUGACUCCCCCCACCGUUGCUACUGGCAUCACCCCUAAAAGUCCUCCAUCUCCUAAAUCCGCUCCCAACACGCCUACAAGCAGUAGUCUUAUUCGAGCAACCUAA